AUGCCGCAGCUGGCGGGUGGUGGUGGAGGCGGCGGGGACCCGGAGCUCUGCGCUACAGAUGAAAUGAUCCCCUUUAAAGAUGAAGGAGACCCGCACAAAGAGCAAAGUUACGCCGAAAUCACCAAUUCUGAGGAAGAAGGAGACCUGGCCGAGCUCAAAUCCUCUCUGGUUCAUGAGAGUGAAAUCAGUCCCAACAGCCAUGAUGCAGCUAGACAGUCUCAAAUCACCCCAGAUCCCUACCACGAAAAACACAGAGAGCAUCUGGAUGAUGGCAAGCUGCAGGAUCUGUACAGUAAAGGACAUCCAUACUCCGGUUACCCCAGCUACAUCAUGAUGACCAACAUGAACAAUGAACCCUACAUGAACAACGGCUCCCUCUCGCCUCCCAUGCCCAGAAUGUCAAAUAAAGUUCCAGUGGUUCAGCCGUCCCACGCAGUUCACCCGCUCACACCUCUAAUCACCUACAGCGACGAGCACUUUGCCCCUGGACCCCAUUCUGGACAUCACCCAGACUCCAAACAAGGUAUGCCCAGGCACCAUCCUGGUCCAGAUAUUCCUAACUUCUACUCUCUAUCACCUGGAGGAGUCGGACAGAUCACCCCACCACUGGGCUGGUUUUCUCAUCACAUGGUUCCAGGACCUCCUGGACCACACCCUACAGGAAUCCCUCACCCUGCCAUAGUCAACCCACAGGUCAAACACGAGCCGCUGCACGAGACAGACUUAAUGCACAUGAAGCCUCAACACGAACAGAGAAAAGAGCAAGAGCCCAAGAGGCCUCACAUCAAGAAGCCGCUCAACGCCUUCAUGCUCUACAUGAAGGAGAUGCGUGCCAACGUGGUGGCCGAAUGCACGCUCAAGGAGAGCGCCGCCAUCAACCAGAUCCUGGGUAGAAGGUGGCACGCUUUAUCUCGGGAGGAGCAAGCUAAGUAUUACGAAUUAGCCCGCAAGGAACGGCAGCUCCACAUGCAGUUGUACCCCGGCUGGUCUGCCAGAGACAAUUACGGGAAAAAAAAGAAGAGGAAGAGGGAAAAGCUUCAGGAAUCUCCUGCAGGCUUCCAUUUUCUGCAGGUACAGGCCAGAGAAUGAAAACAGCGUACAUCUAAGCAAUGGAUGAAAACAGACCCCUUUCUCCUCAUGCAAAGCGAAGGCAGCAGCCGAGGGGCCCUUUUAGAGAUGGAAGCCCGUUAGACUCUCUGACCUCUGACCCCCUCCAACCUUUUUUCGACUUCCCGCCGACCUCUCCGAGGGCUCCAGCUCUGAGCGCGCUCCCUGUGCUGUAGGGACACUGAACUGAAACCAGACAAUCACGACUCGUCUAGACCCCGCGUUCGCCUACUCGCCUACGCCAUCCCGACCGGCACACACACACACACCAACACACACACGUUCAUUCAGGGUUUUUUUUUUUUCUUUGAUUAGCUUGUUGGUUCGUAAGUUGAUCCUGAGUUAUUGCACUGAUUCUAAAGAUUUGGAAAAGUCACAAAUCACUAAUCCGAAGCCCAGAGGGGGAAGAAAGGAUGUCAUGCCGGUUCACACCUCUUCCUAAGUUAUUUAAGUUAUUUGGCACUGUUUUGUGUUUGUAUAGUUCACAGUUUCAGCGCACCAGCUCACCCGCCCCUCUUAAUUUCGUUAAGUUCACACGUCUUAACCCCAUGAUGUAGCAUUUCAGGGCCCGGUCACACCACACAUUACAGGGAUCACGCUGGCUCGCAGACAUUCUCUCUUUCUUAAUCCGACAGUAGGUGGAGCGUUCCGAGUUAACAUUUUUUAUGGGUUUAAGUUCAUUUUAAAUGCUCUUUGUAUCUGGAAUAUUCCUUUCGUUCGUUUCUCGGUGUAUAUUUUAAGCGAUCUUAUUUUUUUAUAUAUACUGGUAUAUAUAAGAUGAGCUUUGCCACAGGAAAGCAGUUUUCUUAUCGAAGCAUCUCGCCGUACGGCUUCUUUUUUAAUAACUAACGGUGACCUCCCAGCGCUCGGAUGUACAAAAUAAUGCUCGGUAUGUGUGUGUCCUUUCUUAAGAAACGUCUGGGUCUGUCACUUUUCUUGGUAUUUUUGCAGGCAGAAUUAGGACAAGCGUGUUAGAGUGGGUACUCAGAGGCCUAUAUUUUAUCGUUCUGAACAGACAAGAUGAAGCAGAUAUAUAUAUUUACCCCAGCACUUGCCGGUCUCUCUCAUUGCGAUGUUCUCUGUCCUCUUUAUCUGCUAGAUAAUAAGUGUGAUCUUUUACCAUGUUGUUUAUUACAUGCAAGCAUCUCUGUACCAUUUCGAUUUAUUUUAUGUUCUGUUUUUAGUAUUAUCUGAUUUUUAUUUUUUUUUUAAUUCGUUGUCAUUUUGAAUCACUGUCAUCUUGGUUAAGCAUUUUGCUUCCAAGUGUGAACAUUUGAACUGUGUUUCUA